CGAUCGUAGACAGAAUGCCAUUCUCUGUUCUCUGGCUUAAUAGCCAUGUAUUCAGCCGCACAGGACUAGUUUUAUUUGCAUCUGAAACACAAAAAACUUCCCCAGAACUAAGACAGAAGAAAGAAAAUAGCAGACGCACAGCUGCCUGGAUUCACAUCAGCAGCAGGACACAUGACUCCUAAACAAGGCAUUUUCACAUCUUGUUUUUGGGGGAAGUAAAGAGGAAGACAAAAAACGGUCUGCGUGCAAUUCUAGAUUGCACAAACUUGGGAAUUUGAGAAUGGUUAAAAAUGGGGAAUGUACAAAGAAACACUUGUUCCAUAUAUUACUGGUCUGCGGACUGAGCAGUUCCUGGACAGCUUUGGGCUACAACCAUUCACAAAGUAUUGGUUCAGACACACAUGUGGCUUUCAUUGAAACAUAUCAAGGGGUGUAUGAAUAUAUCAACAAACCUCUUGACCAGGGGGAUGCCGAAAAAUACUGUGAGCACAAGUUUGCUUCUCUACUGUCUGAAUCAGAAGGUAGUCACAAGCUUCCCAAAAAAAUGCUGCUAUCUUACCAGUGGCAACACCCCACUUGGCUCAAAAGAAAGAAUCCAUCUGAAGAACGGAUCAUGCCACUCAGAGCCCUGUUGUUCAAGAGCAAGACUGAUACUAAAUAUGCAAGGUUACUGGUGGAAUUUCAACCUUUAGCAGAAGUUACGGUCUGCGCAUACGUCCAAUGGAAAAGCACAAAUGGAGACUUUCAAACUAUAUUUUCUUACGCUGUGCCAGAUUUCUUCAAUGAGUUUCAGCUACGAGGGAUUACUGAUAAGGAUGGAUUUAUCAGAUUUGCGAUAAUAGUGCAUGGGCAACACACGCCGUACUCAGUCAUGUUUGAAGAAGAUGGUCGGUGGCAUCACUUUUGUGUCACUUGGUUAAAAUUAAAUGGUACAUGGACCCUUUAUGCCGAUGGAAAACAGAAAGCUACAUCUACCAAACUUUCUGCCUCCCAGGACAUUAUAAAAGGUGGAAGGUUUAUUGUUGGUCAAGAUCAAGAUUCCUUUGGAGGAACCUUCAAAAAGAAAGAGUCAUUCAGUGGUAAUAUUACAGGCUUGAACAUGUGGAGCAAGGUCCUCAAUAAUGAUGAGAUAGAACAGGUCAGAUCCUGCCGUCUACUGGAAAAAGAUCUUAUAUUUAGUUGGAACAAACAACAAUUAGAAAUAGAACCCACUUUGCAAGAAACUGAAAUUCCCUUUGUGUGUCCAGGGAACUCGAAAGAGUGCAGGAUAUUGCACACCAAUGAAGAGAGGUUGGAUUAUGCACCCUGUGUAACCAAGUUACCCUUUGUCUGCUAUUACACCCAUGAUGUAUAUCAAAGAUUACAAAAUAUUAAGAGACAGAAUGAAGAACCAACAUUUUCCAAAAGUGUAAAUGUAAUCGUAAAUCGCACAUUGAUACCGGAAAACUUCUUAACAGGUGAAAUACAUCAGUUUAAUGUUUCUGAAGCAGCCGUCUGCCUACAGGCGAUUCAGCGUUUGAUGGAAACCAAAGUGAGCACCGUGGAGCCUUCUGAUCUUCUUGGUAUCAUCCAGUUUCUGAAAAAUGUGGCCUAUCUAGAGAUACAGAGUGAUCCUAAGGCCCUGGAAGACUUGAGCCACCACUUUGUCCAGGUUGCAGGAACAAUUAUUGAGCAGUAUGAUGUGGACCUUUGGUCAGAGGUUAACCCGAUUAUCAAAGGACCAAUGACACUUGUUCACACAGUGGAGAAAAUGGCAUCAAAUCUUGUCCAGCUUCUAUCUGAUGAGAAGAAAGAGAUUGCUAUUCAUCACAGGAGCAUUGAAGUUGGAAUCAGACAGGUGGAUCUUAAUGCCGACAGCCUUGUAUACACAGUGCAAAGCAAUGAGAAAGUGGAUCAAAUUGAAGUUUCUAAUGAAGAAAUCAAAAGAAUAAUAGAAGACGGUCAUAAAAAGGUUGCUUUGGUAAACACGUGGUUUGAUUUUGAAGCUUUUCAACAAUUAUUUGGCAAUUACAACACAUUUGACUUUAUACCAAAAGACUCUGCAACAUCUGAUGGUGGACACAGGUAUAUUGACACCUCCCUUGGAUCAGCUGUGAUCUCUUCUACCCUUUUAGUAGGGGAUCAAGAAGUCAGCACUUCUGUACAAUAUAAUCUAUCGCAUCAGAAUAAACUACUAAAUUCAUCAGAAAAAUUGGAGAGAGCAGUCUGUGCCUUCUGGAAUUUUAGUCUUAGUCUAGAAAAGGGAGGCAGUUGGUCUUCCUCUGGGUGCAGUGUUAAGAAAAAAUUCCCUGAAACAAUUACUUGUUUCUGUAACCAUACGACCAACUUUGCUGUUCUUCUGCAAAUUUAUGAAGUUCAGAGAAGCUCUGAAGAAGAAUGGACACUGAGGACCUUGACAUUUAUUGGAUGUGGAGUGUCCCUGAGUGCUCUGCUAGUGACAUUAGUGCUCUUCCUAGCAGUUGGUGUUCCCAAAUCAGAAAGAACAACUGUUCACAAGAAUCUGAUAUUUGCCCUUGCUGCUGCAGAAGCUUUGUUGAUGUUCAGUGAAUUGGCAAAAACUAAUGAGGUUGUUUGCAUCACUGUUACAGCGUGUCUCCAUCUGUUCUUUAUGGCGGCCUUUGCCUGGAUGUUGGUUGAAGGCCUUCUUUUGUGGAGUAAAGUUGUUGCUGUCAAUAUGAGUGAAGACAGAAGAAUGGGGUUUUAUUACAUUACUGGCUGGGGCUUGCCAAUCAUUAUUGUCAGUGUGACCUUGGCAACUUCUUUUAAAAAGUAUGUGGCAGACACUCAUUGCUGGCUGAAUGUGCAAACUGACAUAAUAUGGGCAUUUGUGGGUCCUGUUCUUUUUAUAUUAACGGUUAACACCUUUGUACUCUUCAGAGUGAUUAUGGUAACUAUAUCCAGUGCUCGUCGACGCUCCAAGAUGUUGACGCCAAACUGCAGCAUGGAGAAACAGAUUGGGAUCCAGGUCUGGGCCACUGCUAAACCAAUCUUAGUGCUUCUUCCAGUACUUGGGCUGACAUGGCUGUGUGGCGUUUUGGUGCAUCUUAAUGUGGUGUGGGCUUAUGUCUUUAUUGCCCUAAACUCAUUCCAGGGACUGUAUAUAUUUCUGGUCUAUGCUAUUUACAACAGUGAGGUGAGGAAUGCCAUACAAAGGAUGAAAGAAAAGAAAAAAGCUCUGUCCUUCACGAAUUGUUCACACCCAACAAAUUACUUAUCAAGCCCAAGAAGUACACUGUGGGACACAGGGAAGGCAAGCACCGCUUCACCAUCAAGCAAUAUAUCAGAACAUCUUCCUGUCAAGAAUAUCGCUGGCAAAGGAAAUAUAGUUGUUAAACAUCCAGUGAACAUUUCCUCUAUUAUGCCGUCUGACAAAACAGCUGUUGAACUCACUGCCUUCAAAACGUCAGUAUUCUGAAUCAACCCAAACAUCUCAUUCAUAGUAUCUACAAGCAAAAACAUGAAAGUAGGAGCAAGUACAUACUAUCAAAAGGAGCAGGUUAUAUAUUGCAAUGUGAAUAGUAAGGAGUUAAUGUUUCAUCUUAGGUCAUUUUCUCUAGUUGCUUGGAUGUGUUCAAUACAUAUAUAACAGAGAAAUUUUGUAUUUUUAAUUUUAUUACUGCAUUAUUGUAUAGCAGAUUUUCUUUUUUGUCGGUACAUAUUCUGGUCAGUGAUCAUUAUAUAAUGUAUUUGCUCGAAUUUAAGACAAGGUUUUGCUCUGAAAUGCUCUGAAAAAUACCCAUGGUCUUAUAUUCAAUUUCAUUUUAUAAUUUGA